AGUCCCCAAUUAGUUUGCAACAGUGCUCGAUUUACUUUCGUUUUCACUUACUGUGCUGACUAACUGUGGCAUUGCGGAAAGAGUUCAUACACCAUAAAUAACAGCUUUCACACGAUUUAGUUGUGUGUGAGAGGUUGAUAGCCUAUCUGUUUAUGCAGACGGUAUUUUUCUGCACUCACGAUUAACUGGAGCGAUCAUUCCAUCCGCACUAGGAACGAUGACUUCUUUAGACAUACGACCCGAAUCGAAGAAACAGGUUGAUGACUUCUGCAAGCAACUCACCAAGGAGGCAGAAUCUCUGGUCUCAACAUUCUUCCCACAGAAGAUUGCGGAGAUGGAGACACUGCUACAGGCCUCCCUCAGCGUCGAGGAUCUGUCUUCCCUGAAGGCGCCUUUAGAAAUCCCUAUACCUGACCCUGCCAAAGAGGAGCUGAAAAGGAAGAAGAAGGAAGAGAAAGAGGAAAAGGAAGGCAAGAAAGACAAAAAGGAUAAAGAGGAAGAGGAGGAAGGCCCGGCCUGCGGACCAAUCGCUUGCAAUGAAAAAGUGGAGAGCCUUCUGAAGAAAAUCAAACCCCACAUCCAGAUGCUCAAGGAAAAACUCAACACUGUGUCAAUGUGGGUGCAACUUCAGAUUCCCAGAAUCGAAGAUGGGAAUAACUUUGGUGUGGCUGUGCAGGAAAAAGUUUUCGAACUGUUGACUAAUACUCGCACCAAGAUAGAGGGAUUCCAGACACAGAUCUCUAAGUACUACAGUGAGAGAGGAGAUGCUGUGGCCAAAGCCUCCAAGCAGCCACAUGUGGGGGAUUACCGGCAGCUGGUGCACGAGCUGGACCAGCACCAGUACUGCGAACUGCGCAUCGUUGUCCUGGAAAUCCGCAACACUUACGCUGUGUUGUAUGACAUCAUCAACAAGAACUACGACAAGAUCAAGAAGCCGAGAGGAGACUCUAAGGCCCUUAUUUACUGAGCCUGCUGAGCCAUGUAACUUACUGAAACACACACACACACACACACAGGUACACUGCAACAUUACAGACGCAUGAUAUUGAAUAACAAACCACAGUACUUUUCAAAUAAACUCUGAUUUUAAAAGUGCCUCCAAACUGACGAACUGAAGACCCUGCUGUACUGAAAAAUAUUUGACUCCAAUUUACAAAAUAAAGCAGCGAUAUUAAAUUAAA